AUGUUCGAGACGGGCACCGCAUCCACCAACCCCUACGUCAGGCUGUUGGUGCGCCUUUACAAGUUCCUGGCUCGCCGUACCGAUGCCAACUUCAACAAGACCGUUCUGCGACGCCUCAUGAUGUCGAAGACCAACCGCCCCCCGGUCUCCGUUUCCAAGAUCGUUGCGAACGCCGCCAACAAGCACUCCGCCAAGGAGCACGCCGGCAAGACCGUCGUCGUUGUCGGCACCGUCACUGACGACAACCGCAUGCUUGAGGUCCCCAAGCUCUCCGUUGCGGCUCUCCGCUUCACCGCCUCUGCCCGCGCCCGCAUCGAGAAGGCCGGUGGUGAGUGCCUCACCAUCGACGAGGUCGCUACCCGCUUCCCCACUGGAUCCAACACCCUCCUCCUCCGUGGACCCAAGAACGCCCGUGAGGCCUUCAAGCAUUUCGGCUUCGGUCCCCACUCCCACAAGAAGCCUUACGUCGAGAGCAAGGGCCGCAAGUUCGAGCGUGCCCGUGGACGCAGAAGGUCGCGUGGUUUCAAGGUUUAA